AUGUCUAAACAUCGUUUAUCUCCAGCUCCUCUUCCCCCGGCAAAGCGCUUGCAUAACCUCUCAGAAUGCAGUAAACAUAGCCGAAUCAGACUCACGUUCGACAAUGCUCUUUAUGAUGAACUAGUCUUCUGUAUCUUUUCACAUUUGUCAUGGAUAGACUUGUGUGCAGCUCAAGCAACUAACAAAAACUGGGCUAGACUUGCGACGGACAAUGCGCUUUGGAAAGCCCAAUUCUUGAAAGUUUUUGGCUCAAGACUGCGGGGAGCAAGGGGUUUCAGGUCAGACGGUCGAGAAGUCAAGUCACUUCCAACGAGAGCCAAAACGCAAGAUAACAAGGUCGAAGAAUAUAAAGAUUGGAAAUGGAUGUUUCGUGUAAGCUCCAACUGGCGAAAAGGCCGCUGUUCGACAGAAGGGGUUUCUCUUCUACAUCAUACUCCCAUAGAACAGUCCUACCAAACACACGUUCUAGUUUGUGGCUCUACAACUAUAAUCGCCCCGACCUUCGAAUGCGUUUCGCCCGCGAUAUAUCUUAUCGAACCAGAAUUCAAGUUGUGUUGUCGCUCAACUUACGAGAAUACACAAGCCAGUAUCACAGCACUGGCUUUAGACCAGUCUACCGCCACAAACGAACAAACGCGACUAGCCUGCUUCAUCUCCACAGGGGAGUUCUCCGUGUAUUCCAUCGACCAUAUCAAUCCUUCUACUUCCAGUCGCAAGUCGACGUACACACCGCAUCGUAGAACGUCUAGAGUUACACCAAUAUUACAGGCGGUGUAUCACCACCCCCUUCUCAUCACGCUCUCCGAGGCUUUUUGUCUUUGCAUCUACGAUCUGUCGUCUGACAGGGUCACCUUGACGCAAACUCUGUCGUCCUACACGUCUUUCCCUCCUUCAUCCCUAGUUCUAUCAACACCGUCGCCUCAAACGUACAAAUUGAUCUUGAUUUAUGCUUUACCGGUCUAUCCUGCUCAUUGGUCUGUCGCAGCGACAGAGCUCAUGAUAGCAGGCCCGCAUUCAUCGCCAUCCCCGAAUGUGACCAUCGCCUCUAGCUCCUCUUAUCUUGUUUCGAAUGAACCGUCUCCACUGACCAUCCUAUCGACGAGGACGGCCAGAGCUCUUGACGUCCCGCAAGGCUGGGUGGAUGACCGAAAACUUCGUUACUUGCGUGAACAAUGGGGUCGGAAGGUCACCCGGAUAGCAGAUACUCAGUCGGACGGGAAAUGGGUAGUCCUCGCCCCAGGUGACUCGUUUUUUGAGCAAGCAACACCUACCGUUCCUGCAUCUUCAUCAGGCGCAGCGUCUCUGCAUACUUCGUCUUCGUUAUAUUCCCCGACAACCUUGCAGCUUUACCGUUUAUCUCUUCCGGUACCUUCGUCGGUAUCCAGCUCCCCUCCCAAGCUGACAUUCGUUCGGUCGUUGAAUGGUCAAUUAGGUCCCAUAUCGUCGUUGGCAUUGGCUGACGGUCGAUGCGUCAGUUUCGGCUUGAACGGUAGCAUCUGGGUUUGGGAUUUAGAGGCUGGUAGUGGCAGCGAGGUUGCGAGCCCUCAACCCGGACUCACAUACAGUGACAUUGGCUUGUGGCAGAGUAGAGUAACUUUUGACGAGAGAAGAAUCAUAACCACUACUGGCCGGAAGAUCGAAACCCGGACGUUCGAUAUCUAA